AUGAAAAAGCUUAGUCUUUUAUUAUUGGCACUCAUUUUUGUCAAUGCCAUUGAUCCUAGCAUGGUUUAAUUAGGGGCAUAAAAGUUAGAUGAAUUGAAUUCAAGCAAUUUGGGCAAAAUGAUUUUAGAAUUGGCAUAAACUCAUGCAGAAAUGAGAGGACCCUUGGACGAUUUAGUGACAGCAAUCGGUGAUUUGGAAAAUGAAUUAACUGCUGAAUUACAAUAAUUAGAUGAUGAUUACACCAGAUCAACCAAUUAACAUGCUGCUACACAAGAGAACUUAGAUAUUCAAAUCGGACAAACAGAAAUUAAUAUCUUUAAUCAAAAAGACUUUAUUGAUGCAAUUCUUAUACCAAGCAUUGAUCAAACAAAUUAAAAGAUUGAUAGAUUGAAUGGAUACAUAAAUGACAAUAGAGAUAAUUUAUCAAAAGAAACGUUAAGUAGAUAAAAACAACAUCAACAAUUUUUAGAUAGAGUAAGUGAACAUCAAAGUGCCAUAAGCGCAGUUGAUGAGGCUAUUUAAUUGAUUAAUGCUCUCAUAAAUGGAAACAUUUCAUUUGCUGAAAAGGGAACCAUUAAUCAAGCUAUCGAAAGAAUCAAUACUAAAACACAAAAGACCAAUACAGUUCAUCCUAUAGUUGAGGCACUCAUGUCAUUAACUUAAAACUUUUCAGAUUAAGAAUAAGCUAAAAAAAUCAGAGACUUAUUGUCAGAUACAAGAAACCAAUUGGUAGCAAGCUUAAACUAAGAAACUGCAGAUGAAAAUUAGAUUGAGUAGACUUGGGUUGAAAGAUAAAAAACCUUAAAUACAGAAUAUUAAGAAUUCAAAAGAUCUGUAUUGGAAGCUACUUAUGUUUUAGCCACUUAUUAGAGUAAAUUAAAAUCAACAAGAGAAGCAUUGGCUGAGAAUGAGAACGAUCUCUAAAGUUACAAAGAUUCUUUAUAAUAAGACAAAGAUGCUUAAGCUUAAGAAACCCAAAUAUACAAUGAAUUAAAGAGCCAAUACUAAAUACAAUUGCAAACAACUAGAAAUGCCAAGGAAUUUGUUAAUUCUGCUGAGUUCAGUAAUGUUAUAAGACAAAAGUUAAACUAAGGUGGAUUAAUCUGAUAUAAAUAUGCAUUUAAUAUCAUUAUUUUAAUAUUAAACAAGGA